GCCCUUGGGCCUGGAAACCAGAAUUUCGAUAAUGGCUGCUACUAUACUCGCUGCUACUCCUACUGUGACUAGGCAGCGAACGGGUGGAGGCCAGAGGGAAGGAAUAGAGGCCUCAGCACAAGGAGAAGAGGCCACUGAAGAGGGUUAUUGUAGAGGCUCUACCAAAGAACUCAUAGUUUACGUGGAGCCUCGUAGGGAGUCGGAGCUUUAUAGGAGACUGGACGAGGCUAGAAAGGAGGCACUGUCCCUGUUUGGGCCGGACGAGAGUUACCUAUACGGAUUGCAUUCUAGUGUAACAGGCUUCUUUACAGCAUCGUAUGAGGAGGCUCGGGCCGUACUGUUGGACCUGGAUUGGGCAUUCUUGUCGUCGGCUUCUGGUCAUCGUAGUAUGGGAGGCACACAGCUACUGGAUGCUGACCAGCCCCUCACAGCUCUAUGUGCUACUGAUAGCAGCAGUACGGUAUCGUCACUUUACACUAGUGCUGAGGAGCAAUCACCUAGCAGUCUGGCUAGCAUGGUGACCGCGGCGAGUUCGGGGUAUUCAACUUUGCCUGUUAAAUGUGAUGCUGAAGAUGACUCGGAAGAUGAUACUGAGUCGUUUGUCACGUGUGGCGAGUCGCCUGUGAAAGUGGAGGAGCUCCUGGUGUCACCAGACGGAUGUGUGUUGCUGAGUUUGGGUUAUGACCAAGUCUUGGGCGAUGUUCGCUCAGCCCUUGGUGGCUUCAUAAAAGAUAAGAUCCGGUAUAAGAAGCGAGCUCAUCUCACUCUGGCUAAGAAUCGACUUGGUGAGGAGGGGAUUAAGAUAGUGGACUUUUACAAGGAGAAACUUGGUCGUCCCGCUGUCGAGUUCGGCCCCAUUACUGCAUGGGACCUCGUCGUGUAUGAGAGGACAUUCCGAAGCGAGAGCUUGAAGGAAGAUGGUCCGCACGUUUUGGAAGAUCGUUCCGUAGAUGCUUGGCAAUGUGCUGAAGGACUCUAUGACUCUGCGCUUGAGGCUGUAGGCAAGAAACGGAAAGCAUGGCCACUCCUGCGUGACUUGGAAGAGGCGCGAAUGAAGUUCGGAAAGUCCCAAGAGGAACUCACUCUCGACACUCUGACAUUGAUUGUAAAGUGGAAAAUAACAAGAGGGAAAUUCCGCCCUCUAAUGAAGCUGGUUCGGAGCAACUCUGAGGCAGCCGUGAAAGACGCAUGGGCUGCGGCUGACGUCAAGCUCAAGCGCCGGGACUUUCUUGGUGCGGUUGUGGCCUUAACCGCUCUUAGAGGAGUGGGAGUGGCAACAGCGAGUGCUGUACUGUCCGCGCGAGAAGCGAGUAUUCCAUUCAUGAGCGAUGAAGCCAUCUUAGCUUGCGAUAUCCCACGCAAUGCAAGGAUGUUCUGGUACGACCUCCCAACGUAUAAAGAAGUAUUCACUCGCAUACAAGAGGUGUCCAAGGAGCUUCGAAGCGUAAAGGGUGGUGACGAGUGGACACCGGAGAGGAUUCAGCGGUGCCUCUGGGCGAUCAACAAUAAGCCAGAGGAUACGUGUGAUCAGAAUAACUCCGGUAAGCGAAAACGUGAUAAUUGA